AUGGCCUGGCCCGGCGCCGAGGGCGCGGCUGACCGGCCGGGAUCCCCGGCCCGGGGCGCCCCCACCGGCUCCGCGUCGUCUUCGUCCGCCUCCUCCGGCGGCUCGGCCUCGGCAGGAGCUGGGCUCUGGGCCGCGCUCUACGACUACGAGGCGCGCGGCGAGGACGAGCUGAGCCUGCGCCGCGGCCAGCUGGUGGAGGUGCUGUCCCAGGACGCCGCCGUGUCGGGCGACGAGGGCUGGUGGGCCGGCCAGGUGCAGCGGCGCCUUGGCAUCUUCCCCGCCAACUACGUGGCGCCGUGCCGCUCGGCCGCCCACCCCGCGCCGCCGCCCGCCAGACCGCCGCCGCCGCGGCCCGGCUCGCCCGUGCACGUCGACUUCGAGCGGCUGGAACUCAAGGAGCUCAUCGGCGCCGGCGGUUUCGGGCAGGUGUACCGCGCCACCUGGCAGGGCCAGGAGGUGGCGGUGAAGGCGGCGCGCUGCGACCCGGAGCUGGACGCGGCGGCGGCGGCCGAGAGCGUUCGGCGGGAGGCCCGGCUCUUCUCCAUGCUGCGGCACCCCAACAUCAUCGAGCUGCGCGGCGUGUGCCUGCGGCAGCCACACCUCUGCCUGGUGCUCGAGUUUGCCCGCGGCGGAGCGCUCAACCGCGCGCUGGCCGCCGCCAGUGCGACCCCGGACCCCCGCUCGCCCUCCCCGCGCCGCGCGCGCCGCAUCCCCCCGCACGUGCUGGUCAACUGGGCCGUGCAGAUCGCGCGGGGCAUGCUCUACCUGCACGAGGAGGCGGUGGUGCCCAUCCUUCACCGGGACCUCAAGUCCAGCAACAUUUUGCUCCUCGAGAAGAUAGAAUAUGAUGACAUCUGCAACAAGACACUGAAGAUCACAGACUUUGGCUUGGCGAGAGAAUGGCACAGGACUACCAGGAUGAGCGCAGCGGGCACGUAUGCCUGGAUGGCCCCGGAAGUCAUCAAGUCUUCCUUGUUUUCCAAGGGAAGCGACAUCUGGAGCUAUGGAGUGGUGCUGUGGGAGCUGCUCACCGGAGAGGUGCCCUACCGUGGCAUCGACGGCCUGGCUGUUGCCUACGGGGUGGCGGUCAACAAGCUCACCCUGCCCAUCCCCUCCACCUGCCCCGAGCCGUUUGCCAGGCUCAUGAAAGAAUGCUGGCAACAAGACCCUCACAUUCGACCAUCUUUUGCCUUAAUUCUUGAACAACUGACUGAAAUUGAAAAGGCAGUUAUGACUGAAAUGCCUCAAGAGUCCUUUCAUUCCAUGCAAGAUGACUGGAAACUGGAAAUUCAACAAAUGUUUGAUGAGUUGAGAACAAAGGAAAAGGAGCUGCGCUCCCGGGAGGAGGAGCUGACGCGGGCCGCCCUGCAGCAGAAGUCACAGGAGGAGCUGCUCCGGCGGCGGGAGCAGCAGCUCGCCGCGCGGGAGAUCGACGUGCUGGAGCGAGAGCUCAACAUCCUCAUCUUCCAGCUGAAUCAGGAGAAGCCCAACGUCAAGAAGAGGAAGGGCAAGUUUAAGAGGAGCCGCCUGAAGCUCAGAGAUGGCCACCGCAUCAGUUUACCUUCAGACUUCCAGCACAAAAUAACGGUGCAGGCGUCCCCCAACUUGGACAAACGAAGAAGUCUGCACAGCAGCAGCUCCAGCCCUCCCAGCAGCCCCACGGUGAUCCCCCGCCUCCGAGCGAUACAGCUGACCUCAGAUGAAAGCAAUAAAACUUGGGGCAGAAACACCGUCUGUCGACAAGAAGAAUUUGAAGAUAUAAAAAGGAAUUUCAAGAAAAAGGGUUGUACCUGGGGUCCAAAUUCGAUUCAAAUGAAAGAAAGAACUGAUUGCAAAGAAAGAAUAAGACCUCUCUCAGAUGGCAACAGUCCUUGGUCAACCAUAUUAAUAAAAAAUCAGAAAACCAUGCCAUUGGCUUCAUUAUUUGUGGACCAGCCAGGUGCUUGUGAAGAGCCGCAACUUGCCCCUGACGGGUUGGAACACAGAAAACCAAAGCAGAUAAAAUCGCCAACUCAGGCCUACAUCGAUCUACCUCUUUGGAAAGAUGGCCAGAGAGAGAACCCAGUGGAACCCGAAAGCUGGGAGGAGGGAACCCCAGUGAGCCCUGCUGCCGACACUCCUCAGGGGAGCCCUCCAAACAGUCUGAGCAGAUCCCCCCAGAGAAAGAAAACGGAGUCCGCUCUGUACGGCUGCACCAUGCUGCUGGCAUCGGUGGCCCUGGGCCUGGACAUACGGGAGCUCACGAAAGCACAGGCUCCCGAAGACCCGUUGCCCACGGAAGACCGGAAGAAACGUGAAGGCAUCUUCCAGCGGGCACCGAAGUCCCGCCGCAGUGCCAGCCCUGCAGCAAGGCCGCUGGCUGCGGGCGAGGGAGCCGGCAGCACCCCCUCGCUCCCACCGCCCACCGCUGCAAACCCCCUGUCGGCGCCUUCCCUCUGCACCAGGUGCCUGCUGCAGGCCGCCGGCGAAGACUGCUUCGAGAGCGGCGCGCACGCCUCCUGUGCCCCUCGGGCGCCCACCCCAGACCCCUGCGCUGCCUCUGGAGGGAGGGGCCGGAAGUCCACCCCCGUGCCCGGACUGGAGACCAGCCGUGACGGGCGGGGAAACCUGCCUCCCUCCUUCGCGGAGCUGACACGCGGGGGGACGGCAGCGUCUCACGCUGCUGCUUCCAGAGAGAGAGCGGCUCGUCACCGCAGGACCGUGUCCGACGGAGGCGCUCCCCGGCCCCCAGCUGGUGCAGCUCUCAUCUCAGCCCCCGGAGCCUCUGAACUGCCUCCUGAGUGGGUUUGGGGGAUGCCCCCCUCCCUGUCUGGACCUCACAGUGACCUGCCAAGUGAGGUCCCACCUGAGAAGCAAAGAGCUGUCCAUAUGGUGCCGCUGCCUCCCCCUCCCCCUCUAAGAAGCCGAGGAGGUGCCCUGCAGGCCUUCCUGCCAAGCACAGAGCCUCAGCCCUCACAGGCUGGCCCUGCCGUGGGUGGUCCAGGACCAGCCCACAGCUGUCCUCUCGGCCCCAAGAAGAGGACUCAGCCCCACGUGCCCUCCUUACUGGACACCGACGUGGAAGGCCAGAGCCGGGACCGCACGGCGCCUCUGUGCAGGAUGAGAGGCAGAGUGAGCCGACCGUCUCUGCACGAACUCGAGAAAGAAUUUCUGUCUUAA